UCAUCUCAAGACGGGACUUGGAGAUAAUCAUCCGAGUGGAGUUUUCUUACUUGAAUUCAACAUCAUUUGAGUUUUUUUGUUUACUUAGUUUGAUAGUUUUAAACAACGUUCUGAUCUCUAGAUAACUUGUGGUUUAUUGAAGUAAGGGUAGACGAACCGAAUGGGUUGAUAAUUGAAAAUAUACUUGCUCUAUACUACACCAGUCGUAUGAUUAUACUUGGCUUACGAUAGGACUGUGUAAUAGGUUGCGAGUUAGAGACGAGGGACACAGUUGGAAUGAGUAAUGCGCAGAAUGCGUUAUUUUGAAAUAACUGGAUACCUCCGUGUGAUUUUGAAUAACACGUUUUUGCGUUAUUUACAAAGAACGUGGGCCCGAUUAACUCAUCACUCUAUUUUGCAUUCAGACGAGUUAUUCUUACUCAAAUAAUUCACAAUGAGUUAUUUGGAUCAAAAUAACUCAUUGAAAUAACCCAUCAAAAGGACCCCUUCAAUUAUUUUGGCCUCAUGGGCCUAUGCUCCUUCACUAGGCUUUUUCCUAUCUCAAUGGACAAGUCUAGUUGGACUUGUUUGUUUUGUUUUUUAAGCAAUUUGGUUGUUUGGUUUGCAUUUUUUAAUGCUUGUUCUUUUAGCUUAAUUAUUGGCACGCAAUUGGCUAGGCCUUAUGGGAAAUUCCGUGCGAAUCAGAUGGAAGUUUGUAUAAUUUUUAAUAAAUUUAUGUUUUUCAUGUCAUUUAAUUCUUAAGGAUUGUAAUAGAGAUGUUCAUAUAGUAAUAAAAUUAAGUACAUCGACUUUUAUCGACCGCCACAUGUGAUUACUUUUUGAUCUUGUAUAAAAAUGGGACUUGGGAUGGAGGAUUUGGACUUGGAGUAGAGGUUAUAAAGAAAGAAUCAAAUGGAGAAAUAAAAUAAAACCGAAGUGGGGAAAACAACCGCGUCUUUGACCUUGUAAACCCCGUCCCCGAGCCAGGAGAAGAGAAAGACUAGUCCCGCAUCGUCGCCAUUAAACCAAAAAUUCCAGGAUUCCUUCUUCCUAAAUUCCACUUCUUGAUACCAUUUCACAUCUGCCCUCAAGAUCUUCUCUUCUCUUCCUUUUCAUUUCCCCCUCUCCCAACAAUUAUUCCCCCGUUUCUUUUUCUCGUCUCCAGCUCAUUUCAUUCUCCCUGCCAACCCUGUUCCGUUUCCCCUCAAUCAUCUCCUUCAAUCAAGCCUUCCACCUUUUUAUCUUCCUAAACUCUAGCUUCGUUAUUUGGGUUUUCUAUCUCUUUCCUUUCUUUGGGUUUUCUCCUUCUCCUUCCUCCUUCCAUGGCUGACUUGGUAAAGCAGAUCUUGGCCAGGCCAAUCCAAUUGGCUGACCACGUCAUCAAAUCUGCAGACGAAGCCAGCUCCUUCAAGCAGGAGUGCGGCGAGCUGAAGUCCAAGACGGAGAAGCUCGCGGCCUUGCUCCGUCAAGCCGCUAGGGCGAGCUCCGACCUCUACGAGCGGCCCACCCGCCGCAUAAUCGACGACACGGAGCAAGUAAUCGAGAAGGCCCUCGCUCUAGUCCUCAAAUGCCGAGCCAACGGAAUCAUGAAGCGGGUCUUCACCAUUAUCCCCGCCGCCGCUUUCCGCAAGAUGUCCGCUCAGCUUGAGAACUCCAUCGGCGACGUCUCCUGGCUCCUCCGGGUUUCCGCCUCCGCCGACGACCGAGACGACGAGUACCUUGGACUCCCGCCGAUCGCCGCCAACGAGCCCAUCCUCUGCCUUAUAUGGGAGCAGAUUGCCACCCUCUACACUGGGUCUCCCGACGAUAGAUCUGACGCCGCCGCUUCCCUCGUCUCCCUAGCUCGGGACAAUGAUCGGUACGGUAAGUUGAUUAUCGAGGAAGGUGGGGUUCAGCCGCUGCUGAAAUUGGUCAAAGACGGGAAAUUGGAAGGUCAGGAGAAUGCGGCAAGAGCAAUUGGGCUUCUUGGUCGGGACCCUGAAAGCGUCGAACACAUGGUUCACGCCGGGGUUUGCUCGGUCUUCGCCAAAAUCCUCAAAGAAGCUCCCAUGAAGGUUCAGGCAGUGGUGGCUUGGGCUAUUUCGGAGCUGGCUGCUCAUUAUCCCAAAUGCCAGGAUCUCUUCGCUCAGCACAAUAUAAUCCGUCUGUUGGUUGGCCAUCUCGCAUUUGAGACAGUUCAAGAGCACAGUAAGUAUGCUAUUGUUAGCCAGAAAGCUACUUCGAUCCACGCCUUGGUGCUCGCUAGCAACGCCAAUUCAAACGCUGUCGCUAGUAGCAACACUAAUGGCAGUGUGAACUCUGCUGCACUGAAUGUUGAAGAAGAUAGAAGCAGGAUUAAUCACCCUUUAGGGAACAGAACGCGGAGCCAGUUCCAUAGUGUAAUUGCAAACACAAUGGCCAUGAAUGCAGUCGCCAAGCUCCCUAAUGGGAAUGCUGCAGUGGCCAACGGGAAUGGAAACAGUAGUACCCCUCCUGCUGCUGUUGCUGCUGCCGUGAAGCCGGCUACUCACCAUCAACAUACCAACUCACUCUCUGCUGUCAAUCUUAAAGGGAGGGAAGGUGAAGACGCAGCUACAAAGGCCCACAUGAAAGCAAUGGCAGCAAGAGCACUUUGGCAGCUUGCUAAGGGGAAUUCACCCAUUUGCCGAAGCAUAACGGAGUCGAGAGCUCUCUUGUGUUUUGCAGUUCUGUUAGAGAAAGGAACUGGGGAGGUUCAGUACAAUUCAGCCAUGGCAGUGAUGGAGCUCACUGCAGUAGCUGAAGAGGAUUCGGAUUUGAGAAGAUCAGCAUUCAAGCCCAAUGCUCCUGCUUGCAAAGCUGUUGUGGAUCAAAUUCUGAGGAUCAUUGAGCAAGGGGAUACCGAGCUGCUAAUUCCUUGUGUCAAAGCUAUUGGCAAUUUAGCAAGAACGUUUAGAGCUACAGAGACCAGGAUGAUCACCCCAUUAGUUAAGCUUCUAGAUGAGAGGGAAGCUGAAGUUUCAAGGGAGGCAUCGGUUGCUCUCGCUAAGUUUGCCAGUUCAGACAAUUAUCUCCACCUUGACCAUGCAAAGGCGAUCAUUAGUGCUGGAGGGGCAAAGCAUUUGAUCCAGCUUGUCUAUUUUGGUGAACAAGUUGUUCAGAUUUCAGCUUUGGUUCUUCUUUGCUACAUUGCUUUCCAUGUUCCAGAUAGCGAGGAGCUUGCAAAGGCGGAGGUUUUGACUGUCUUGGAAUGGGCUUGCAAGCAAGCUUUCAUUACCCAGAACGAAAUACUGGAUCCUGUGCUUCCAGAAGCCAAGAGCAGAUUGGAACUUUACCAAUCUAGAGGUUCAAGGGGGUUCCAUUGAAAUUUCCAAAACCCUCGUGGCUUUAGCUUAUAUAUGUUUUUAUCGUUGCAUAAAUGGUUUCAUAGUUUCUUGUGCUGCAGUUCAAAUUGACUGUACAUAUAAUUUGGCUCUCCCCCACUCUAUAUGUUGUUUUCUUUGCCUGAUUUUUUGAAUGUAUUAUUAAAAUUAUUUCCUCCAGUCAUGGAAGCAACCAAUUUGUAGCUUUGACAUCUAGUGUCGAUGGCAGAUUAUAUUUCCAGAUCCUGGAUAUGGGGACAUAUGUGCUCUUCCUAUCAUCAGAUUAUGAAUUAAUUGACUUUAUCCUUGCAAAUGGGGGGUCAGUGAACUGCAUUAUUUCGAUGUUCUCCAUGAUUGGUGUGCUCCUGGCCCAUAAUUGAUGUAAAGCUUAGGUGGAACAGCUAGCAAGACAGGGAUGAUGUGAAGAGAAUGUUUUCCAACGAACCCACCUCAAAAUUGGUAGCGCUUUUAGCAAAUGUGGGAAUGUUUUGAGGUUCCCAACUAACUCGUUUUGUGUUUGGGAGUUGAGACCUGUUUUGUUCACCGGCCCAUUCGUAUUCUUCCUUGUAUGCCACUACUUUUUCUUCAACCUGAGUGUUAGGAAACGUCUGUAUGGAGAUUAUUACGGUUGGCCUCGGGCGUUGUUCUGCAUUGGAGUGCCAUUGAUUUGCAGCUUUUGAAGGGCCAGAGCUGUAUCUCGUUCCCGGUGGGUGGAUUUGGAUAGUCAUAAUUGUGACUUUGCUUAUGCAGGAUAGAAACCUGUUUCCAUCGGAUUUCUGGAUCAAGUUGUGGAUUGGGGUAAAAUACUUUCGGUGCCACUUAAUUUUGAGAAUUGGGGUAAAUAUACCACUUGAGUUUGAAUAAGGCGUACAUAGUAAUUUGCCAAAAAAAAAAUUGUCAAAAAAGAUUUGAAUAGGGCGUCAGGUAUCACUGAACACUAUUGAUAUGGCGAAAGUCUACGAUCGCGUGGAGUGGUGGUUCUUAUAAGGGAUUAUGAAGAGAAUGGAUUUUUCUGAUCAGUGGGUUCACGAGGUAUGUGGAAGCCAAUUAUGAUACUCUAUCAAUUAUGCAAAUUUAAUAGGAAUGUGUUGUUUGAGAUUGAAUGUUGUGAGAAUUCUCAACUUCUAGCUUCAAGUCUAAGGUUCAUUCCUAUCUCAAGUUUGUCAAAUUAUUUUAUGCUAUAUCUGACCGUCCGUUCAACUCAUUCUAUAUUGGUUGUGCUAUUGUUGCAAGAAGUGAUAGCUGAGGCGGUCACACAUCGAGUUUUACAUUUGUAAGCUCGAUUGUCGACAAUACUAACUACUCCAAUCUAGGACAAGUGCACCCUAGAUCAGCAAAGUAGUAUAGUGAUGACUGAGGUCUCAUUCCAAGGGUUACAGUAUACUAGGCUACUUAGGCUCAGUUGUUAUCUGGUCGACCAUUUACUUAGAAGGUGGGCAGUUGUCGAUUCUGAACUAAAGAUCGUUAGAGGAGAAGAGGUGCUUAGAGUGCCUCCCUCGCUCUAACUAUAGGAGAUGACAUGCAAAAAGAUAUAAGGACGACUUAUGGCGAUCGAGGUGCGGAGAUCUCUAAUCUAGGGAUUGUCUCAAUGGUCAUGCAACCAAUCCCACUCCUACGCCGAUCCACUAGCCCAAUGUCACCUCAGCUAGCUUCACGUUGUAGGGAUAAAACCUAUCUCCUCUAAAUGUGUUCUAACCAUUCGCACACUAGACUUUCGAGUCGAUAGUCACGCACUAGACGUCCUAGCAUUUCCUAGGUGGACGUCUAAUAGGCAAGGGUACAGUUGCCUCGUCCAUCAUACUAGACUCCUAGAUCAUUCAUCUACUCCUAACAAACCAAGGCGCUCAAAUCUACCAUAUAAGUUGCAACGAGGGAAACUGCGAUACAGACAAUCCCACACUACUUGAUGCAAGAAAGAUAAUCAUCAAGU